AUGACCUCCCUGUCUUCCUCCCUCCGCCCUCAACAGGUCUCCCAUUCACCCACCUCCUCUAUCUCAUCCGCCAAUACCACACCGACUUCCCCCCACUUCGGCCACCAUGUUAACCCCGUCUCGUCCCGUCACCCCUACGCUUCUUCCCACUACCUCGAACCGCAGCCGAGACACCAGUCAUCGCUAAAUUCCAUCUCUACCUCUGCCACCUCCUCUUCGUCAGUCAACAUCAUCCACCCUAGGCCUCCUUCACCCUCGUUGCUGCACGCUCCACCUGGUCAGCCAUUCAUGGUCUAUCUCAAAGGAUGGGGUCAGCAGGAGCUUACGGCGUUCUUGAAUCUAUACCGAUGCGGGCAAUAUGCUUCCGCAUUUCAAAGACACGACAUCGAUGGGAAAGUACUGCUAGAUCUGGAUAUGGCUGCGUUGAAGGAAAUCGGAAUUGCAAAAGUAGGAGAACGGGUCAAACUGCUGGGAGGCAUAAAAGAUCUUAGGAAAAGAGCUGCAGGAAGUUCCAGAGCUAGCUUGUCGAGGUCGAGUGUGAGAUCUGGAAGUGUAGGUAGUGUGGCCACACCUCCUAGUGAAUCAACAGAACAUAUCAGCUCUCCUUCACUCCCAGAUCCCAAUCAAUCGCAAUCACAACAGCAGUCUCGACUUGCCCAACCUUCUUCUACUUCAUCAUCAUCCGGUUCAACAAGAAGACUGAACACUUCCCGACCUCCUCCUUUAGACUUACAGCAUUAUAAAUCAUCUAGACCACUUCCUCAGGCGUAUCAGAAUAAUCUUCCUUCUGCAGCUUCCUACCGCUCUACAACUACUACGCCACGUCCUAUCCUUGGAGGUCAGCAAUCCGUGUCGUCGAGGCCUGGCUUACCAUCUCAAUCCAGUUCCAACUCCACCGUCACCCUUGCCAAUGCGAACUCAAGCUCAGUCCCUGCUCCAAAUAACUCCAAACAGCUGAACUUGCGUCCUCCGCCAUCGAGAGAUCCAGGUCGUCGAUCGCCUAGUCCCAUACACGUCGAUUCGUCCAAUUUUGCCUCUCGUCCUUUACCACCCGAUCCGAGCGGGUCACAUCAGUCUUCCGCUGCCGAGUACGCCUCUGCAUUCACGCAGCAGCACCAGCAGGGAAGACAGACUCCCACUUGGUCCUCAAGCGAACAAGCGCAUGGCCUACCUAAAGGUCCCGCACCAGGAAGUGGAUCAAGAGCUGCCGCUGCUCGAGCGAACGAGCCUUCACAUCGAAAAUCACCUAGCGUAACGCAAAUAGGAGGUACGACCCCCAAACAAGGUAGUCCGAUCAAAGGAAAAUUCCCUAAUAUCAUGGGACUUGGCGGCAGAUCGACUCCACAACAUCCCUUUGCGGCUGCCAGUCGAUCACGAGAGGAAUUGGUAUUAGAACGUCAAAAUUCCGAAAAUCUCACUUCAAGCACUGGCAGUUUGGCUUCGAAGAGGAGUGUAACUCCUACUCCAGGCUAUGUUGUCGGAAGGACCGUCUCGUCUUCGGAUAGGACGAGAAACCAAACUGGUAAUGAGUCUCUAGCUAGUACCAAUACGAUCUCAUCGAGUGGCAGUAAACACACACCAACGUACGAUGAUAUACGUCGUAAGAUUGUUAAAUUCGUUAAUGCAGAAGAUGGAUCGACGAAAUCUGUCGAUGUCAGCAAUGUCGUCAGUGGUGUUCAAGUAUUGGAAAUGGCCUUGAGGAAAUUUGGAAAAUGGGGUACAGGUGUGCAUGCCAGCACAGACACGGAGAGCGAUGAGGAUGGCGAAAGAUUGGAGAUCGAGGGCUGGGGUGUUUAUGCGGAAAGUGAUCCGGAUGACAACUCCACACCUCUCUCGGAAGCUGCUUUACUUGGCAUCUGCCUCUCGCACCGAGAUGGUACUUCCGUCCGAGAGAAGGGCUUAGUCCUGAGACGACCAAGAAAAUUGACCAAUCGAAAGAAUAUGAAAGACUAUCUCGGUGAAGCACCUCCUCAACCUAUGUCACCAACUUCGCCUACUCCGUUCUCCGGACCAAGAUUCGGUGAUCACGCUAACUUACUUACACCUAUUAAAUCUGCUGCUUCGAAGAAGAUGAAUCGGGCUAGUACAGUCAGCGUUAUGUCUGGAUUAGGCGUACCCAUGCCAGAAGUACCACCUUCCCCCAGUACCACUCGAAGUCCAUCUUCUGCAAGUUUCCUUAGGACUAAGAAGAAAUCGGUAUACAACUUCUUUGGACAUCGACCACCUUCUGAACUUAUUUCCAACCAUUUAGCAGAGUAUUUCCCUUCUGCCAAGAGGAAGGAUGUGGAAAAGGCCAGACAUAGUAUGUUGAGGAUGAGCAGUGGCCCAGGCAUCAAGAGAGGUAGCAUCGCUCCUUCGGAAUCUACUGGAAGGCUGAGCUUCGACUCCAACUUCGCCCCAUCGGUCAAACGAUCCAGCGUGAGGAUUGCAGACCCCAUGGCAGAAGUGAAAGCUUCACCUCCUAGAAGAAGUACCAGACCCGGUAGUCGAGGUACGAUGAUCUCGUCUCCGCCACCUGCAGGUACUAUCCCAGAGGAAGAAAGCGAGGUACUGGGUGAUGAACAUCCCCCUCGAUUAUCGGUAUCGAACGAUGAUGGUCGACAUACCAGACCUACUAUCGAUGGCGAAUCCGAUGCAGAAUCGUUAGCAUCGGUAGGGAGUCAACCGCCUUUGUUACCUCCUUUCCAACCUACUGGUGAAUCUCUUGCCGAAUCUUUGGUAGACUAUUCGCCUAAGCAACAACAUCAUCAGAACAGACCAAAGUCAAUUGCAUUGCAACGAAGAGGUUCAGAGGAAUCUACCAGAUCGAGAUUCUCAAUGUUGUCGCAAUUAAGGAAGGAUCGAGAUAAGUCUGAUACAGCUUCGAUGUUGACUGUUGAUGAGAUUACGGCGGAAGUGGAGAACCGAAGAGCAAGUACGAUAACAUUCGAAGAUUCAGAUGAAGAGGAUGAGCCGAUCAUCCCACCGCCACCUCUUAUAGCUCCCGGACCUGGAGUACCGCAAGAUCAAAGUGAAGGGGAUAGCGACGGAGAUAAUGAGAGUGAAGAGACGGAAACAGAAGAUGAAUCAGAGGAAGAGACGGAGACUGAAACGGAGACCGAAAGUGAUGUGGAUGAAGAUGAUGAAGAGGAUAACGAGCAUGGCAAAGCAUUCACCUCAACUGGAUCCAAACGAAUCAUCAAAUGGAUCAAAGGUGCCCUCAUCGGAGCAGGAUCUUUCGGCUCAGUGUUUUUGGGGAUGGACGCCCAUUCUGGUCUUUUGAUGGCAGUCAAACAAGUCGAAUUACCUACUGGAUCAGCAAGAAACGAAGAGAGAAAGCUGAGUAUGGUAUCUGCUUUGGAGAGGGAAAUCGAGCUCUUGAAGGAAUUGCAGCAUGAAAAUAUUGUACAGUAUCUGGACUCCUCGGCAGAUGGUAAUUACCUGAACAUUUUCCUCGAGUACGUUCCCGGUGGAUCGGUAGCUGCUUUACUCAGUAAUUACGGAGCGUUCGAAGAAGCCCUAGUCAAGAAUUUUGUUCGACAAAUCCUUACUGGUUUGAAUUACCUACAUGAACGAGAGAUCAUUCAUAGGGAUAUCAAAGGAGCCAAUAUAUUGGUGGAUAAUAAAGGCGGUAUCAAGAUCAGUGAUUUCGGGAUCAGUAAGAAGGUUGAGAGUAAUCUCAUGACUGGACCCAAGACUAAUCGACCUUCCUUGCAGGGAUCAGUCUUCUGGAUGGCACCUGAAAUAGUCAAACAGACUUCCUAUACUUCCAAAGCGGAUAUAUGGAGUGUCGGAUGUCUGAUAGUAGAAAUGUUAAUCGGCAGUCAUCCAUAUCCGAACUUGACCCAGAUGCAAGCUAUUUUCAGAAUUGGCUCCCAAACACCCGUCCCUGAGAUUCCACCUGAUAUCUCACCCGAAGCUGCAGACUUCCUCAGACAGACAUUCGAAAUUGAUCAUAAUGCUCGACCGACCGCCGCUCAACUGCUAGAACAUCCUUUUAUUGCUUUACCCAAGAAUGCCCGGACCAACAUGAUUUCCUUGGCGGAUGCUCAGAGGAGGAUGAGCAUGGCUAUGGCCAGCGCCAGUCAGGGGCUGGGAGGGUUGGUGGGCAGGGCGUAG